AUGGCGGCCGCGAAGCCCGGCGCCACCAACCUGCUCUUCUCCUCCUCGGCCACCGAGUUCAACUUCGCCGUGCCCUUCAUCCCGGUCAGCCAGGCGCCCGCCGCGCCGCCGGGACCCGCUCUGCUCGCCGCGGAUGAUUCUGCCGAGGUCGGUGAAGAGGACAGCUUCCUGGGCCAGACUUCAGCCAGCCCUACCCCACCGCAGACCUUCAGCUAUUUCUCCAAYGUGCCCAGCGGCGGGGACCCAUUUGGAAGCAUCGGGCAGCCUCCCUUGGCAGCUGCCGCAGCACCUGUGGGAGCACCAGCCUUCCCAAAGCCUCCAUCCUCGCUGCCUCCWGUGUCCCAGGACGGGCAGAACCAGAACGUGUUUCCUGCCACCACCCCCUACGGUGCCCCCCCUGCCUCGCAYGGUGGCACCGCCGCUCAUCAGGCCGCUCAGCCGAGCUGUCCCCCGCCUGCCGCGGCGCCUCCGCACGGGCCGGCUCCGCAGGGCUACAACCCCUAUCGCCACACGACGCUGAGCAGCAGGGCCAACCCCUACCUGACCCCCCCGCAGCUGCAGCAGAGCCCCCCGCCGCCGCAGCCGCCCCUCCACGCGUAUCAGGCACCUCCGGGGCCUCCGGCRCAGUUUCCACCAUCUCAAGCUCCCAGGCCCUCAGGUCCAGUGGUCCAGGCGCCUCCUGUUUUGCUGCAGAACCAAUAUGAGCCUGUUCAGCCUCACUGGUUCUACUGCAAAGAGGUGGAAGACAAGCAGAUCUGGCUCCCAUUCAGCCUUUUGGAUUCUGCAAAGCUAGAAGAAGUCUAUAACUCUGUCCAGCCUGAUCCCGAGAGCGUCGUUCUGAGCACCGACGGGGGCCGCUACGACGUGUUCCUGUACGACAGGACGAGGAAGGCCGUUUACUGGGAGGAAGAGCCCUCUGAAGUGAGACGAUGUAUGUGGUUCUAUAAGGGCGACAAGGACAGCCGCUUUAUUCCUUACACUGAGGAUUUUAGUGAUAAGCUAGAGACAGAAUAUAAAAGGGCUGUAACUACAAAUCAAUGGCAUCGACGACUUGAAUUCCCAAACGGGGAGAUGUUUGUUAUGCACAAUCCCAAGGUCAUCGUUCAGUUCCAGCCCUCUGUCUCACCAGAUGAAUGGGGCACCAGUCAAGAUGGGCAGGCAAGACCCAGGAUGGUGAAACGUGGAAUUGAUGACCACGAUGAAAUUCCUGAUGGAGAAAUGCCCCAAAUUGACCAUUUAGUAUUUAUGGUUCAUGGCAUAGGUCCGGUGUGUGACUUGAGAUUUAGAAGCAUUGUUGAAUGUGUUGAUGACUUUAGGACUGUUUCUCUGAAGUUGCUGCAAACUCACUUUAAGAAAGCUUUAGAGGAUCAAAAAGUGAGCAGGGUGGAAUUCCUGCCUGUUCACUGGCAUAGUUCUCUGCACGGUGAUGCCACAGGUGUAGACAGGAACAUUAAGAAAAUCACGUUGCCGAGCAUCGGCCGCCUGCGGCACUUCACCAACGAGACGCUCCUCGACAUCCUCUUCUACAACAGCCCCACGUACUGCCAGACCAUMGUGGACAAAGUGGGGCUGGAGAUGAACCGCCUGUACGCGCUGUUCCUGAGUCGCAACCCCGACUUCAAGGGGGGAGUCUCUGUGGCUGGGCACAGUUUAGGUUCCUUGAUUCUGUUUGACAUCCUGUCUAACCAGAAGGACUUGGCAUCCUCAGUAAGCACUGGACCCUUCUCUGGUGUCAAUGGGACUGUAAAGGAUGUGGCAGUUCCUGAUAAACAGAUGACAGAAGAUACCAGUUCCUUGGGCUCCUCAAUUGCGACUUCUGGUGAUGACCUCUGUGAGCCUGAAGUGGACGACGAUGUUCCUACAUUGCAGAAGACUCUGGAAAUGCUUAGUUUGUCAGAGUACAUCAGCACAUUUGAAAAGGAGCGAAUUGAUAUGGAGUGUCUGCUGAUGUGUACAGUUGAUGACCUGAAGGAAAUGGGGAUACCUCUUGGACCGAGAAAGAAAAUAGCCAAUUUUGUGAAAGACAGAGCAGCCAAGCAGGAACAAAAGAAAGCAGCAGCAGAAAAGAAAGCAGUGCAGGUUGCCAUGCUGCAAACUCAGGAAGCUGCCCAGAAAGUAAAAGGGGAGACUCCUGUCUCCCCUUCGGAGUCUGGUCAACUGCACUCAAAGAGGAAGCUGCCAGUUGGUGCCUCUGUUUCUUCUGUGAACAUUGACUACGAGUAUUUUGAAGUUGGGACKGGCCAGGUUUCUGUGGUUUACAGUGCGUUAGACUUUGAACCAGAUAUCUUCUUUGCUCUGGGUUCUCCUAUCGGUGUGUUCCUCACGGUGCGAGGAAUAGAGAAGAUUGAUGAAAACUACAGGCUUCCUACCUGCAAGGGUUUCUUCAAUAUCUAUCAUCCGCUUGAUCCAGUAGCUUACAGAUUAGAACCAAUGAUCCUUGAAGACUUGGAUUUAAAACCAGUUCUUAUUCCACACCAUAAAGGCAGAAAAAGACUUCAUUUGGAGUUGAAAGACUCCCUCUCUCGUAUGGGAUCUGAUCUGAAACAGGGUUUUAUCAGCUCUUUGAAGAGUGCCUGGCAGACCCUUAAUGAAUUUGCACGUGCUCAUACUUCUUCAACUCAGCUGCAAGCAGAACUGGAGAAAGUAGCUAACCAAAUAAAAGAGGAAGAAGAAAAGCAGGUAGUGGAAGCGGAAAAGAUCACUGAAAAUCCAGAGCCUCCAAAAGAUGAAGACUUGUUAGUGAAGGUUGGGAAGCUGAAUGGAGGACGCCGUAUAGACUAUGUUCUACAAGAAAAACCUAUAGAAAGCUUCAACGAAUACCUCUUUGCUUUACAGAGUCAUUUGUGCUACUGGGAAUCUGAAGACACUGCCUUGCUGUUUCUCAAAGAAAUAUACAGGACUAUGAAUAUCAAUCCCGAACAGCCACAGCAUUGAUGUAUGGAUACAGAAAUUUAAAAAUCCAGUGGAGAAACAAUUUCAAGAAUCCCUAUUAUGUCCAUAGGUACAGGUGAUGGGAUAAGAGUUGGACUUUUUCUCCCUGCCAGUCCAGAACUCAUGUGUAUUCUGCCGCCUUGUGUCACUUCGAUGAAAUUUAAUUUCUGAAAAGAUCAAAACCAUCAUUCAAGAAACAAUGAUACAAUUUUGUUCUUCAAUCAGUUUAAUUGUACAGUUGCCAAAGAUAAAGUGAUCAUUGAAGAAGUAUUUUUGGCAUGCAAAUGAUUAUUCUCUCCUUUAGCUGUCCUAUCUCAACUGGUUGUCAAACGUGUCUACAAAGGCAGCGUGUCCUUUAUUAAAAAGGACUUGUUGAGAAACAGCAAUAAUCUGCUUUCCUUGCAACACUUGUUGGUCCACCUUUUAAAAGCAAAACGUGAACUGUAGUUAUAACCAGCUUAAACACAAGUUACCUGAAGCUGUUUGUUUUUACUAAAAACUAGCAACCAGAAUAAUUUUCUUACUAUUGUAAGUGUCAUAUGGAGAUUUUAUAAAGACCAUUUAAAUCCUCUGUUAAGAGUUUUUUUGGGUGGGGUGUUUGGUUGAAGUGUAAAUGAACCUUUGCUGAAAAUGUUAGUAAUCUGUUGCGGUUAGUUCAGUGUUCAAGUCCCCUGAAAUGAAGAAUAGCUUUAAAUGGCACUUAGUAAUUAAGUGAAUUUAGUGUGCAGCUCUAAGAACUGAAGUACUUACCCUGACCUUGCAGUUUAGUGUCUCMGUAUUUUUGAUGUAAAUAGAGGAACCUGCAGCUUGUGGGA